UCCCGAAGGAGAGUUCUGGUUUUACAGAAGCCGUUUCUGUACGUUCCGGGUUUGUGUUUUUUAUAGGGGAGCAAGAAGCCGCUGUUGGGCUUUUUUUAAUCGGGCAAACUAUAAAAACCGAGUCUCCCUCUGUUUAACCAAGGAGAAAAAAAAAAAUCUCUCUUCCCCGGGACCUAGAGGGUACGAUGAAGCGAAAACACGAAAUCGAAGUGGACUGCCGCAGCGGGAAGCGCCGCCGUAUCGAAGACGCGCCCGGCCGUUCUGAUUACUCCGAUGAGAUCGAGACUCAUAAAGGGGAACCGCUAACCCCGCGUGGGAAUUCGAAGUUGAAACGAAAGCGUCGUCGUGGUCCUGGCUGUUCCGAAUGUGGUCUUCCGUGUAGCACAGCCUGUACCAGAUAUGUGCCGCCUCCUAUACCAGAGGGAUAUGGUUACCUUCCAUCGUCAAUAGGCGUGGAUACGAAUGGUCACUACCAUGAAGAGAUUUCUGAUUUGAUUGGUUUCAUGUAUUGUGACCGUUGUGGCAAGAAUGGUGACCACUGGGAUGCCCAUUGCCCAAAUCCCAUCAAUGACCCUCCAGAACCAGAAGAUCCUGCUGCUCGCCGUUUUUCGUGGAAGUAUGUAUUGAGGGAUUUCAAAGGGAAACCGGAACCACCACGUAGGAAGGCAGUGAAAUUGAAGGCUCCGAUGUGUGAAUAUUGUGUUCGUCUCCGAAACCAAGCCUAUGCUAGAACUGAAAAGCCUCCUUUACAGCAGGGAUACGGUUACCUUCCUUCGUCAAUAGGUGUGUAUACGAAUGGUCACUACCAUGAAGAGAUUUCUGGAUGAGAUUGGUUUCAUGUCUUGUGAGUUGUGACUGUUGUGGCAAGGAUGGUGACCAGUAGGAUGCCCAUUGCCCAAAUCCCAUCAAUGACCCUUCAGAAUUAGAAGAAGAUUGUUCUGCUGCUCGUGGUUAUUCGUGGAUCUAUGUAUUGAGGGAUUUCAAAAAAAAUUCUCUUUAAAUCUCUAUGCAUUAUGUAGUGCACUAUGAACUCUGUAUCCGGUAAACUUAAUAUGGUCCAUAUUAAGUUUAUAUGACGAUCCAAUGGUCGGAUCCUCACGGAUCAGCCUUAAGAUCAUCCUCUCAUAAUUAUACAAAGAUCCUCACAGAUCGCCCUUAGGAUCAUUC